AUGAGAAUUCCUCUCACUCUGAGUCAAGAAUACAAAAAUUUCGCCUUAUCAACACACAACAAAAAUUCAUUUACGACAAUUUAACAUUGUUAUUGCUGCUCAAACAGCCAAAAAAACAAACAGCUGGUCCGGAUUGUUACGUAAUCGGCACUUUUUGAUCGUUUAUAAAGAGAAAAAAGAUGAAUUUUGCUGGCAAGGUCGUUUUGAUUACAGGUGCAAGUAGUGGUAUUGGUGCUUCCGCUGCUGUGCAAUUUUCCAAACUUGGUGCCAGCUUGAGUUUAAUUGGUCGAAAGCUUGAAAACUUGAACCAAGUCGCGGAAGAAUGCGCGAAAAAUGGCUCCAAAGCUCACGUAAUUCAAGGAGACAUCACAAAAGAAGCGGAUAACGUGAAAAUUAUCGACGAAACACUGAAGAAAUACGGAAAACUCGAUGUUUUGGUGAACAAUGCGGGAAUUAUUGAAACCGGCACCAUCGAAACGACAUCCAUGGAGCAAUAUGAUCGCGUCAUGAACACCAAUAUUCGGUCAAUUUACCAUUUGUCGAUGUUGGCAGUGCCGCAUUUGGUGCAAAGCAAGGGAAAUAUCGUGAAUGUAUCGAGUGUCAAUGGAAUUCGUUCGUUCCCCGGGGUCUUGGCAUACAAUUUGUCCAAAGCAUGCGUUGAUCAGUUCACGCGAUGUGUUGCUCUGGAGCUAGCUCCGAAGGGGGUUCGUGUGAAUUGCGUCAAUCCCGGUGUAACGGUGACAAAUUUGCAUAAACGAGGCGGCAUGGAUGAGGAAACCUACAAGAAAUUCUUGGAACAUACGAAGACGACACAUGCCUUGGGUCGUGCUGGGCAAGCUGAUGAAGUUGCAAAUGCCAUUUUGUUCUUGGCGAGUGAGCAAAGUAGCUUCAUUACGGGAGCUAGUGUGCCUGUGGAUGGGGGCAGACAUGCAAUGUGUCCUCGUUAAAUGCAUUUUUUGUGUCUUUUCUUGUUUAUUGACAUCUAUUUCGUACUUUUUUACAACAAAUUGGUCAGAAAAAAAAUAUUUUGCUAAAAAUUUUAAUAAAUUCGUGCAUUAAAAAUUA